AAAGUAUUUGAUUAAUAUGAUUUUCAAGAAUUUUAAAUAGCUUAAUUAGUCGAAUUCCAUAUUUAAACGGGUGAAAAGCUUCAUAUGAUACAAAAUAUUAGAGAAUACUAUUUUCCAUACAUUUAAAUACUUCAAGUGUGAAGACCAUAAAAUUAGUAAAAGUAAAGAAUAUUGUCCAUUAUGGAAAGAAAAAAGCGCCCAGAUGAAGGCUCAGUAGAAAGUCUUCAGAGAUUAUCAGAUGAUGAUUACUGGGGAUGUGCUAGUAAAGGAUUUGAUUUCAGUGAAGAAUGGUCAUCAUCAGCUGAGAAUUCCAAAUUGUCUUCUCUGUCUCUUACUAUGAGAAAAAAUGAUGACUUGAAUCAAUUUGAUCUUCUAAGAUGUGAUGGAUUAAAUGAAAUUGCAGAGAAUAAAUCUUCAUCAGAAGAGUUAUGGGCAUCUCAUAUUCUUACUGUGGAGGAAGAAAAACAAGCUCAAAAGCUUGCUAAAAGUUUUAAUCCUCUAGAAUUUCACUUAAAGGAAAAGUUAGAAAGAAAGACUCUUACUGCUGCCCAAACUAUUCGAAACAUUGUACUAGGUUUGGAUUAUAACUUAAAGCCAUUUAAAGCCAAAGAACAAAAACUAGAGCUCUUGAAAGCUGCUGUAGAUAGCCAUGAUGGUAAUGCCAUUCUUGUAGUUGUUAUUUUCCUGAAAAAUACUCUGAAGAAAUCAAUCUUUCAAAGAGAGCUUGGGAAUUUUCCAGAUGCUGUUAAUAUGUAUUUGUCAUACUUAAAUGAAGAUCAUGAAGUAGAUGAACUGACAAAUAUGAUGCUCUUAUUAAAUAAACCAGAAGAUGCUGCUAUGCUGAAGUACGAUGCAGCAAUUAUGACUCAAGCUCCUGAUCGAAAACUUAAACUGUUAGAAAAUUGCCUUAACACACAUUUUCAGGUAGGGUCAGUGCAUCGUUUUCUUAGAGAAUCAGUUUUGGAACACAAAACCUGCAUUGAGGAUCAAUUAGUUCUGGAGGACCAUAGAAUUUCGUCUGAAGUAAAUGAUGAUGUGACUGCCAAAUUUUUUGAAGAACUUACUGGAAAAAAGGAACUGUUAGAUUCGUCUGUUAUGUCAAAUCUUAUUUUUUGUCUUCUUUAUUUUUAUAAUGUUCCUAAGAUUGCAUUUAUCAGUCCAUCUAAUAUUAGAUCCCGUUACAAUCUGUCACAAAAACAGUAUACAUGGUGUGCCCUCAGAACGUUAGCAGCAACGAAUAAAUGGGCCGAAAUUGAAGAGCUUUUUUUGAGUAAAAAUUGGCUCCGUACUGUAAAAAUGCGUUCCUGUAUUGGUUUCGUUCGAGUUCUCGAGAUCCUUGCAAAAAGAGGUGCACCUCCCGAAGUUAUGAAAAAGUACAUUUCCUGUUUGGAGUCCCAAGAUUCAAAAUUGUUUUAUGCCAAAAAGUACAAAUGUCAUUCUGUUGUGAUUGAGAUCCUUAAAAAGAAUCGGGACAGGCUAGGACUUAUUGAGUAUAAAGCAACUUUACCACCACAUUCCGUUGAUUUUUGCACUGCUACUACUAUUUUAAAUAACGAGCCGGUGAAUUGGCGAAACUGAUUCUGUAUGGGCUUUCAUUCCUUUGAAGCACAGCUUUAAUUUUUAUGCAGGACAUGUCAAGAAUUUCAUUUCUAAAUAUAUUUUCUUAUUACUCAUGAAGACUUGUAUUAUUUUGUCCCUUAUUUACAAUAAAAUUUAUUUUAAUUGUG